AUGACCGAGUUCUUCUCCACCACCAAGGCUAUGGAUUCUGUUCUUUCUCAACUGCCGAAACGAGCCCAUCAGCCACAACCAUCCCCAACGGAUGACUAUCUAGCCCUUGGGACCGUUCGCCUCGUCCAAAGGCCCGAACACAAUGAAGAGUCACAGUGGCUGAUGGUUGGUCCGCAUCAAGAAGUGGCUCAUCCCCAUCCACUGCUCAGUCUAGGUGAAAAGCGGCAAUGGAUUCAAACUCAACUCCUGCACCACGCUACCUACAACGAUCGCGCUUCUCUGAGGGUGUACGCUUUUCCGGAGGAUGUCAAUCGAAGCACUCGAGGCUCGCUCAAGGAUUUUAGAAAGGUCCUCAGAUUCCUCUCUUCCUUCAUUGACAUAUCUCCGGCAGCAUGGGAGGGGACUUAUGCGAUCGAUUCUCCUAUCCGCACUUACCUUUCGCCUGCACCAACCCAAGAAGAGUCCUUGUUUUACAUCUUCAAUACCUUGUCAUCACCUCAGACAUCCGUGGAUAGUGCUGGACAUUGCUCACACAGUGAACAGGCAAUGGCCGCCAUCUUCGACGAUGACAUCCCCGGACUCAAAACCUCCUUGUACCCGUACCAAAAGCGCUCGACUGCUGCUAUGCUCCAGAAAGAAGCAAACCCGGCCAACUCACUUGACCCACGGAAGCCCCGGUUUCAGGACAUGCGAGGAAGAGAAUUCUACUUUGAUGUGCUCGAAGGUGUGCUACUCUCCCACCCAUAUCUGUAUAGUGAGCCUCGAGGUGGGAUCCUCGCGGAGACUAUGGGCUAUGGAAAGACCCUCAUAUGCAUAGCCCUCAUCCUGGCAACGAGGGGGCACUAUCCGCAGAUACCAGAAGGGAGACUCGAUGCGUUCGGGGAUCAUCAAAAUCGUCAAACUCCAAGUCUGCUGGAGCUGGCCGCCAAAUCACUGAAACGUGCAGCUGUUCCGUGGAAAGGGCACUUUGCUGCUCUCGCACAGGAAGGGUACAGCUUCGAUCGAUGUAUCGAGGCAGUCGACCGAUAUAAUGCCGAGUACGCCGAGCCGAUAUAUCAACCUACGAUGCCGAGCCGAUCAGGCAAGAAACGAGAAGAGUUUAGAGUUUUGCGUUUGUGCUAUGCAACGCUUCUUAUCGUUCCGCCCAAUCUUCUUGUUCAGUGGCAGCACGAGAUCGAGAAGCAUACCGAGCCAGGAGCCGUUGAUGUCCUUGUCCUUGACUCGUCGACGAAAGAGAUACCUCAUUACCGGGAACUGAUGAAGCAUGAUAUCGUGUUGAUCACUAAAGCUCGCUUUGAGCAAGAAUACCGGGACGACGAUCAGAACCUGGGCAGGCGUAUGCAGGGACAAGACAAGUUCCAGUCUCAAUUGACCGAGGUUCGCUGGUUGCGUGUAAUCUGCGACGAAGGUCACGGCUUUGCAGGAUCAAAUUAUCGCACGAACGCAAUGGCAAUGCUGGACAAGAUGUCGAUUGAAAGACGUUGGGUUGUCUCCGGCACGCCAUCCCACACUCUUCACGGUAUUGAGGUGGAUCUCGCCAGUAACGAUGUCAAUCAAGCAGGCGGUCCGUCUCGUGCCGAAACAAUCCGCGAAACUCUGACACGGCGCAAGGUUCAAGACUCAGCAACUGAGGAGAUCAAAGACAUGGAGAGACUGCGUGUCAUGGUGGUAAAAUUUCUGAAGCUGCAGCCUUGGGCAAAUCAAAAGGGAGCCGAUCACGCCGAUUGGAAGAAGUACCUGGCGCCGUUCGACGGUUCGGGUAAAAGAAGAUUCGCACCUGCUCUACGGGUGAUACUACAGUCUCUCAUCGUUCGACAUCGCAUCGAAGACAUCGACACUGAUCUUUGUCUUCCUCCACUGUACAACACCGCCGUUCACCUGGAGCCGAGUUACUAUGACAAGCUCAAUAUGAAUCUGUUCCGGCUGAAGCUGACAUCCAACGCCGUAACCUCUGAACGCAUCGAUGAGGACUACAUGUUCCAUCCCAAGAAUCGCAAAUACCUGGAUGAACUGAUCACCAACCUCCGACGAGCGAGUUUCCACUGGGUAGGACACACCCACGAAGACGUCUCGCAGACCUUGCGAGUGAGCAACGCCUACAUGGAAGAGAAUCACGACAAGAUCUCCAGCGACGAUGGCCGGGCUUUGACUGAAGCGAUACAGAACGGACACCGCGCUCUCAACGACCCGGGCUGGCUCGCUUUCUCGACGCUCCACGAGAUUGGCGUGUACGUUGAAGGCUUCCCAGACCACGCGGCUCAGGCAUGGGCCUUGCACAGAAAACAUUCGAACCCGCUCUUACUGGGAACGGUUCAAGCCAGAGAAGCGCAACAGCAUGUCUGGAAACAACUGGACUGCAACGACAUCGACCCUGCCGCCGGCCUGACGGGCGCCGGGCUGCGCUCCAUGCAAGCCGCAAGGUCACGAGCCGCAGAAGAACAAAAGACAAGGAGCAAAGACACAUUCAACAGUACCAGUACCAGCGGCAAAACCGCAUCCGCCAGCGCAGGCGACGAACCAAAAGUCAAGAGCCAGGCGACCUUUUCUGCCUCGCUCUCAUCACCGCCCAGCAUUCGCGCUGCUGCUCCUGUCUCCACAAACCCUGACGUACAACCUAACGAUACCCUUCCUACCGUUUCUCCUGCUCCCACUACCCCGACUCACAGACGGCCGCUACCAGCAGCAGCAAUAAUAUCACCGUCAACCAAGACCACACCACCACCACCGCCACUACCAGCGUCUCUCACCGGAACCAGAGUUCUCGGAUUCACAUCCGCGAAACUCAACUAUCUCUGCUCACGCAUCCUGGCACUCCACACGACGGAGAAGAUCAUCAUCUUCUACGACUCGAACAACAUCGCCUUCUGGAUCGCCGAAGCUCUCGAGCUCUUGUCGGUCCAGUUCCUCAUCUACGCAAACACCCUCUCCGUGAGCCGACGCGCCGCGUAUCUCGCGACCUUCAACCACUCCGACGAGUUCCGCGUGUUGCUGAUGGACUUGAAACAAGCCUCUCACGGCCUGCACGUUGCAUGCGCCAGUCGCGUCUUCAUAGUCUCGCCGAUCUGGCAGCCUGCGGUCGAGUCGCAGGCCAUCAAACGUGCUCAUCGUAUCGGCCAGACUCGGCCCGUCUAUGUGGAGACAUUGGUGUUGAAGGGGACGUUGGAGGAAAAGAUCCUCAAGCGGAGAAGACAAAUGAGUAAUGCCGAGCUGGUCAGAGCCGAGAAAAGCCUCUUGGAUGAUGGGAUUAUGAACGAAAUCGUUCGUGGGGAGGGCUUCUUGGAGAUUGUGGAUGGUGAAGAACACGCGCUGAAGGGUGGGAAGUUGGAUGUUCCUGUGCCUUUGUUUGGAAGACGUCCUAGGAAUGGCAGUACAAAUAGUCUCAGUGCGGGAGAUGAUCGCCAAGCACACACUCAAGGUCAAGGUCAAGGCCAAGGUGGUCAGAAUGACGAGAUGUUUCGUGCCUUGGAAGACGCAUAUCGCCACACUGCAAAGAAAAGGAAGACCGGGAGGGAAACGAGUGUUGGCGACACGGGCAAGGGAAGCUCUAAGUCGGUUGCUCUUGGUGGCCCAGAGGUUGUGGGCAACGGAUCUUCUUCUAUACUCCUUUCUCGGGUAUCAACUCCAGCUUCUCAAGCCGACACCAUGUCUUCGGCUGGGACGGCAUACACCAUGGAUAAGAAACCUAAAAAGAGCGUGAGGAUCUGGUCAACAGACAUGGGAGACAGCUCCUGA